AUUCUACACCAGCUUUUUAAAAAUUGUCGAAAAGUACAUAAAAAUGAUAUAAAAAGCCUUAAAAUUCGUAAAUUCAUUAAAAGUUCAAAAAUUUUUAGAAUUCUAAGAUUAAGAAGCACGUUACUUUUUGGACAUAUUUUAAAACACUUCGAAUAUGGUGAUCGAAAAUAAUUUGCCUUUUGGAUCACCUCCUAUUUUACCAGACAUAAAGGAUCAAUUGAAAGAAUAUUUAUUACAUCCCGAUCGACUCCCAAUUCAUGAUUAUGAACGUUGUCAACAGUUUUGGCCUCGAGAACCAGAUAUUAACGAUUUAUUUUUCUUCGAAAACUCUCCCCUAGCCACCACUUUAAAGGUCCAACGUCAUCCCUUCACAGGAAAAAUAAUAGAAUUCUGUGAAGUGACAGUAGAUGAAGUUGGACUAACACCUAAAAAUUCAACUUCUCUAAAUCGUGCACCUGGUCCAAUAACCGAACAAACUAGAGGUAAUGCAGGAAACUAUCCAUUUUGGCCCGGUGGCUUUCCCGAUCCGAUUUCAGACAUAACAUUGGAGGAACAAAUCGAUUUGAGUAAAGAUUUAUUAUCAAUACCACCUGGAUUUUCACGCGGUUUACAAUUUCGUGAAGAUGGUUGCACUUUAGUAACCGAUUCACCACCUGAACAUGCUCCACAUCAACAGCAAAUCGAAAACGAAGAAUCUCUUGAAGAAUCGGUUGUAAAUUUAUUAUCUGUUGUUCAAGAAGAAAAUGAUUUACUAGGUUUAUGGACAGAUAAUAAUCAAAAUGUUGAUAAUACAUCAACUAAACCAAUUGAUUCGUUGUCAAACUUUACUAUUGAUGAUAAAAAUGUUAUACCAGAAGAGAGUUCAAUCCCUGUAUUAAAUAUAACUGGAACAUCGUCACAAUCAUCUAGUACAAGACAUUCACAAUGGGCUGAAAUGAUUGACGUUAAUAAACCAGUUACUGAUUUUCAUGAAAAAAUACCUCAUAUGGCGCAUAAAUAUAAUUUUGAAUUAGACACAUUCCAGAAACAAGCAAUUUUAAAAUUAGAAGAACAUUCGAAUGUAUUUGUAGCUGCUCAUACUUCGGCAGGUAAAACUGUAGUUGCUGAGUAUGCAAUAGCAUUGUCACAACAGCAUAUGACCCGAACAAUAUAUACGUCACCAAUAAAAGCGUUAUCAAAUCAAAAAUAUCGUGAUUUUAAACAUACUUUUAAUGAUGUUGGUCUAAUUACUGGUGAUUUCCAAAUCAAUGAUACUGGAUCAUGUUUAAUAAUGACCACAGAAAUUUUACGAUCAAUGCUUUAUUGUGGUAGUGACGUUACAAGAGAUUUGGAAUAUGUUAUUUUUGAUGAAGUUCAUUAUAUAAAUGAUGCCGAUCGUGGCCAUGUUUGGGAAGAAGUAUUAAUAUUAUUACCAGAUCAUGUAACAAUUGUAAUGUUAAGCGCAACCGUCCCAAAUACUUUCGAAUUUGCCAGUUGGGUUGGCUAUACAAAACAACGUAAGGUGUAUGUGAUUAGUACCCCCAAGCGUCCUAUACCACUUGUACAUUAUUUAUAUACAGGAUGUGGGGGAAGUACAAAAAAUGAUCGAUUUAUGAUUGUUGAUGCUGAUGGUAAUUUUAGUAAAAUAGGAUAUGACGCGGCUGUUGCAGCAAAAUCAGCGAAAUCAGGUAACGCAGCUAAUCAGAAACAACAAUAUACCCAAAAUCAAGAGAAAACAAUGUGGAUUGGUCUAAUUGAUCACUUAAAGCGAGGUGAUAAGUUACCGUUAGUGGCGUUCACGUUAUCACGAAAACGUUGUGAUUUAAAUGCGGAUGCAUUAAGUUCCAUAGAUUUAAACGACGCUACGGAAAAACAUCGUGUUCACUCGUUUUUUAAUAGGUGUAUUAAAAGAUUAAAAGCUGAAGAUCAAAAAUUACCACAGGUACUUAAAUUACAAGAGUGUUUAGAAAAAGGAAUUGGAGUUCAUCACAGUGGAAUAUUACCAAUUCUCAAAGAAAUUGUGGAGAUGUUAUUCCAAAGUGGAUUGGUUAAGAUUUUGUUUGCAACUGAAACAUUUGCAAUGGGUGUUAACAUGCCAACAAAAACAGUGUUAUUUGAUGCUGUUCGAAAAUUUGAUGGUAAACAAGCGCGUGAUUUAUGGCCGGCUGAAUACAUACAAAUGGCUGGACGUGCAGGGCGUCGAGGCCAUGAUGAUGAGGGUACUGUGAUUAUUAUUUGUAAGGGGCAAGUUCCAUCAAUGGAACAAUUGAAAGCUAUGAUGCUGGGUAAACCAGAAAAAUUACAAUCCCAAUUUCGUCUAACUUACGGAAUGUUAUUAAAUUUAUUAAGAGUGGAAUCAUUAACUGUGGAAGGUAUGUUAUCGCAUAGUUUUCGUGAAGUUGAGCAUCGAACACGCGCUGUUAUAUUAAAGAAAGAACUGGAAAAUACUGAAAAACAAUUAGAAAAUCUACCAAAAAAUAUUGCUGAACAUUUACAAAAAUUGGCAUUAUAUUAUGAUGCUGCAUCGAGCUAUUUAGAUCUUCGUAAAUCUAUUUGGCCUAAUAUAUUGCAAAAAUUUGCUUUAAAAGAAUUAGUACCUGGACGAUUAUUGCUGAUAAACUAUAAACAUCAUAUUAACAAAUUAGCAUUGUUGUUAAAUGUUCAAAGUAAAAAAGAUACGGCGUAUGUGGUUCUGGUUUUAAAUCACCAAAAAACUCAAGAAAAUGAUGAUAUACGAUUAACAACGAAAAUUUUACCCAAUCAAGAUACUAACAAGAAUUUAAAUAAAGAAGAAGAACCAUCAGAUGAAUAUUAUAAAAUGUUAUCAUUUGCAUCUGAAUCACUAUUUCAACCAGAUGGUGUGGGUGGUCACGAAGUAAUAACAAUUACAUCAAUUGAUAUAUUUGAAAUAGUUGCAAAAGUAUUAAAAAUAGACACAGAUUUAGUGUUAAAGGAUUGGGAUAAAAGACAAAUUGAACGAUUCCGUAACGAUCCAAUUGGUAAAACAUGCAAUGAAGCAAUACAAGAAUUAACAAAAUUAACACAUAAUACAAAAACAAAAAGUGCUAUGAAAUAUUUAAAUGUGAUCACGGAUUUAAAAGUGAAAAAUUUAGAGAUAUUAAUGAAAAUGGAUCAAUUAACACAAUUACAAUCAAAAUUAAAUAAAAUGAUUGAAUAUACAAAAAUUGCUAAUUUUGAUAAACAAUUUGAAGAAGUUUAUAAAAAGAAACAUUUAGAGGAUAAACGACGUAAUUUAGAAUAUUGUAUCUCACAUCAAAGUAUGUCAUUGUAUCCAGAAUAUGAGAGCCGUAUUGCAACAUUAAUGGAAUUGGAUUAUAUUGAUACACAACGCCGAAUUAAAUUGAAAGGAAAAGUUGCCUGCCAAAUUGGUACAAAUGAAUUAAUACUUACUGAAUUAGUUUUACGUAAUGUGCUAACGGGCUUACGUGCUGAAGAAGUAGCUGCAUUAUUAUCAUGUUUAGUGUUUCAAGCCAAAACAGAUGUUGAACCAAAUAUGACAAAAACUCUAUUAGAAGGAAAACAAGCAAUUGAAAAAAUUAAAGCUGAUAUUAAAGAUGUAGAAAGAAAAUAUGCUAUUAGUGAUGAUGAAAUUUUAGCAAGUGAAGAAUUAAAUUUUGGACUAGUUGAAGUGGUUUAUGAUUGGGCAAUGCAAGAACCUUUUGGAAAAAUUAUGGAAAAAACUGAUAUACAAGAAGGUAUUAUUGUCCGUUGUAUUCAACAAUUAAACGAAACAUUAAAUGAUGUUAAAGAUGCAGCUGUUAUUAUUGGCGAUCCAAAAUUAUUGACCAAAAUGGAAGAAGCAUCAAAUUGUGUAAAACGUGAUAUUGUUUUUGCUGCCAGUUUAUAUACACAAGAUGAUACUACUAUUAAAGUGUAAA